ACAAGGUCAGCCUGGCCCUGGCCCCCGCCCUGGCCGCCUGCGGCUGCAAGGUGCCCAUGAUCAGCGGGCGCGGGCUGGGCCACACCGGGGGCACGCUGGACAAGCUGGAGUCCAUCCCAGGGUUCAACGUCUCCCAGAGCCCGGAGCAGAUGAAGCAGAUCCUGGAGCAGGUGGGCUGCUGCAUCGUGGGGCAGAGCGACGAGCUGGUGCCGGCGGACAAGGUGCUGUACAGCCUACGGGACGUCACGGCCACGGUGGACAGCCUGCCCCUCAUCACAGCCUCCAUCCUGAGCAAGAAGGCGGCGGAGAACAUCUCAACCCUGGUGCUGGACGUGAAGUUUGGCAGCGCCGCCCUGUACCCCACCCUGGAGAGCGCCCGGCCCCUGGCCCAGAGCCUGGUGUCUGUGGGCAGCCAGCUGGGCAUCAACACCGCGGCUGUGCUCAGCGACAUGGACAGGCCCCUGGGGCAGCGUGUGGGCCACUCGCUGGAGGUGCUGGAGACGCUGGAGUGUCUGCACGGCGGGGGCCCCGCGGACCUGCGUGAGCUGGUCACCACCCUAGGGGGCUGCCUGCUGUGGCAGUGCGGCGCAGCCGAGUCGGUGAAGGCGGGGUCCGGCCGCAUCGCGGCAGCGCUGGACGACGGCUCGGCGCUGCGCACCUUCCAGGCCAUGCUGCAGGCGCAGGGUGUCGCGCCCAGCGCGGCCCAGGCCCUGUGCACAGGCACAGAGGAGCAACGCUACCAGGUGCUCGGCCGGGCCAGCACCCAGGAGGAGCUGCUCGCACCCCAGGACGGCACGGUGCAGGGCAUCCUGGCACUACCCAUCGCCUGCGUGCUGCACAGCCUGGGCGCCGGC